AUGCACAAAUGGCUAGCGACAUGUUUUAGUCUAGCCGCUUUGUUUUUAGUUGCAGUAUUUAUUGCUCAAAAUGAAACGGAUCAAUUUCCAAUCGGCACAAGUACGAUUAAAACACGUCGGCACGUAGAUCAGCAACGAUUCGUUGAUAUCAAGGUAAUUAUUGUGGUUUUUCGUAGUAAUACCAUAACAAGUAUUACAAUUUCAAAAUAACAGAUAUGAAAUGCUUAGUUUAAUUCAAUUUUUUUAAAAAUUUUAUCUAUUAAGACCCCCAAGUCCAUUGAGACCCCAUAAUUAAUAUUUUUUUAUCAAAAAACCCCAAAAUUUUAGGUAACAGGUAACGAAGCCUCAUUCCAAACCCAAUAUAAUAGAUCUCAACAAACCAACACCACCUUGAAUGUGUUCUUGGUGUUUCAUUCACAUACUGAUCCAGGAUGGUUGAGGACCUUCAACGAGUACUUUGACGAAAAAGUUCAGAAGAUUCUGGAUUUAGCUGUUGAUUUUUUAACUUUACACAGCGAUGCCAAGUUUAUUUGGUCGGAAAUGUCCUUCCUCAGCGAGUGGUGGGAUGGUGCUAAUAGUACUAGGAAAGAACAAAUGGUCCGGUAAGUUAUUAUAGUACUGUAGUGGUUUUUAUUGUAUCUUAUUCUACGCUACUUAGCUCUACCGCAACAUAAGGGCAUGUUAGCCAAUCUUUAACAGAUAUACAUUCUAGACUAGUUCAAAACGGUCAAUUAGAGCUCUCGGGUGGUACUUGGGUGAUGUCAGACGAAGCAAUUACCCACUUCUGGGCCUCCAUAGACAACAUAAUUGAAGGCCACAAUUUUGUACAAGACAAUUUCAAAGUACGACCAACAACCAGCUGGUCCGUUGAUCCAUUUGGUCAUGGUAGUACCAUGCCAUAUCUGUUGAAUCAGGCUGGAGUUGAUCAACUUGUAGUAGGGCGAUUGAGUAAGCAUGUCAAGGAGGAGAUGAUACGACAUGGAGCACUUAAAUUUCUAUGGUCAGAACCUUGGAAUAAUCAGUCGCAUAAGAGAAGAUUGCCAUUGAUAAGCUCAUUACCACGAACAUAUUACACUACCGCGGAUUCUUGUGGGCCGGACGGACAGAUUUGUUGCCAGUUUGACUUUGGACCAUCAGCUAGGUCUGAUUGUUUCCAGCGAUUUAAGCAUGGCAAUGAUUCGACAGCUGUUUUGUAAGUAUUAUAUUGUAUAUUACGUUGAACCAAAAGUAGCGGGACAAUUUUUUAUUUGUUUUUCAACUAAAAAGUGUCCCGCUACUUUUGGUUCAAUCCAAUAUUUUCAAAAGUUUUACAAGAAAAAUGGGCUUAAAGUACAAAAACAACCAAUUUUUCAGUGCAAAAAAGCUUGUGAAUCAAUACAGAAAGCUCCAGACCUACUACCGGUCGAAUUCUUUGUUAGUACCAAUUGGCGACGACUUUUUCUUUUCUAACCCGAAGGACUGGACUGAAAACUAUGACAAUUACAAAGCUUUAAUGACCUAUAUUAACAGCCACGAAGAGUUUAAUAUGAAGGUAGGUGAAUAUAAGUGCAAUUCGAAGGUAAGAUGAAUAUAAGUACGCAAACCUUUAACAUAAAAGAUAGAUGAACCUGAAGGUAAAAUGUUAAUUUAUAGAUCCAAUUUGGCACGGUAGCUGAUUACUUCAACUCUCUCAAAGUUACGGAAAAGAAAGAUGUGUAUCCAGUAGUUGACGGUGAUUUCUUCCCUUAUACUGAAGAUAUGGAUGGCGCUUUUCCCUACUGGACUGGAUAUUAUGGUCAUCGACCAUUUUUCAAAAAAUUGGAACGAAUUGUACAGGUAAGGUUGGGUAGGAUAAUAUAUGGUAGGAUCAGGGUGACGUAACGUAGCGUACGGUAAACUAGGCUAGGGCAAAGUAAACUAGGCUAGACCAAAAUAGAAUGACAGGGACUAAAAACUAUGUUUUUUAAAUUUAUUUUAACUAAAAAAACUUACAGAACCAACUCCGUCGCCUCGACUACCUAUUAGUACGAUCUCAAAUGUACAACUCCGUAGCCACUCUGAGCCCUCACAGACGAACAGUAUCACUAGUACAGCAUCACGAUGCUAUAACAGCAACAUCACGUCCUCACGUUAUGACAGAUUAUGAAGACCGUCUGUUCAAUGCUUCAAUCCACGUUCAGAAACUUGAAGCUGAAGUGUGGGCACGGAGAAUGAGGGAUUCUGAAAAUAUCACGAUAUUGUUUUAUCAAAAUGGCAGAGAAAUCGUGUUUGACGACCAGUUGAAAGGGUGAGUUGAGGUUUUUUGAAACUAAAAUGAAAAAAAGUAUAAACCACCAUCGAUGACAAUUCAGAACUCACAUUUCUGUGCUUACAGUAGCCUAAAUUGACCAUCUAAACUAAACUCAACUCUUUUAGUUUAUGGUUAACAAUUUACAAUCCAAGAACCUUCACAGUCAACGAAUUGAUAAAAGUCCGGGUAAACAACCCAAACAUAUCUGUUAAAGCCUAUAAUGGCAAAUCCAUUAAUGCUCAAAUACUGCCUUACUUGAACAUCGAUGAAUGGAAAUUCAGUCCAGAUAUUUAUGAACUCGUAUUUUAUGUGGAACUGCAAGGAUUGGAAUCUCGAAAAGUUUUUGUUGAAGUUACACAGAAAUUGGUCGAAAGUACAACAAUUUCAACAGUCUUCAGUGAUGAACAAGGCUUAAGGUAAGAAUUUUAAUUCACCUUGAAGAAAUUUCUGGAUUUGCAGGCUGCGGAUUUCGGCCGCAGCGGUAAAUAUAAAGAAAAGGAAUUCGGAGGAAUUUUACAAGUUUUGGUUGUGUUUGGAGUUGAAUAAGGUUUCGAUAGUACAUAAGUAUAUUUUAAACACUUUAUAAGCUAAUUUAUUUAUUUAUUUAUCUAUUUUUCUAGCCAAACAUUGCUAAUUCAGCCACUCGACAAUGAAACAUUUACUUUUGAAAACUCAGAAAUGGAAGUUUCGAUGGAAAACGGCUACGUUAAGGUAAUUUUUCUUUGAUUUUUUAAUUGUUAUUGGUCUUUACAUAUUAAACGAUGAAUUUACUGAACGUUUUUUAUAAAAUUUUAGAGGAUAAUCAACAAACACACAGGAAAGGAAGAGGUUCUUGAUGUAUCUUAUGGUUUCUACACGGAUAUGGGAGGUGCUUACGUUUUUGCGCCUAUUAGCAAGGAAAAGGUAGGUUAUUUUAACACGUAUUUUAUAUAUUUUGGAAAGCAGAUGGUAAUUAACAUAUAAACGAUAUCUUGGUUUUAUAUUCAUGGUUUUACCGAAGUUAUGUUAAUAUGAAACUGCAAAAGCCAAAAAGUUCUAAUUUUUUGUCUUUUCGGUCAAAUUUUUUAUCUAAAAACAUUAAUUUUAGGAAAUUGAAGUGAACAAAACAUUAGCCAGCCCAAUCUACGUUACCGGAUCGUUAAUUUCUAGAGCUUAUUCUCAUGUACGAUCAGAUUUUAUAUCAAAGCUGAAUACUCAUCAAGUGUUUGAAUUUGAAUCGAAAUCUGAACAUAUUGGGUUUUCAUUGGAGUUGUAUUCGAAUGUAGAAGAAGUCAACGACGCUACGGUUGUGAUGAAUGUAAACACGAAGAUUGAAAGUGGUGACAGCGUUUACAGUGAUGUAAAUGGAAUGUAUUUGAGAGAAAGAACGAAAUAUGAGUGAGUUUACUAAUUAUUUUUUAAAAAUUAGUUUUGUUUGAUAAAAUUUUACGAUUUGGGUACAAUUGAUUUGCUUGCAUAUUGGUAAUGAAGAAAAGUUUUAAAAGUGAAAUUUAGGCAUGCUUCUACACCAUCAGCCAAUUACUAUCCAGCAGCGACGUCAGUGAUGAUUCAAGACAAAUCUAGUCGAUUAACUGUGGCGUUUGCUCAACCAACUGGCAUUCAUUCGCCUAAAUCAGGACAAAUUCAGCUAGUUGUUGACAGAAUAUUGAGUGGAGAUGAUGGAAAAGGUCUUAGUUACGAAGAUGCUGCUUAUGUACGGUUUUUAAUUAGUUUUUAUUUAAAAUUAAUUUUCUUUUGUUAUUAAUCUAAAGGUAUUUAAUUUUUAAAAUAAUAUAUUAUUAACUUCUAAAGUUUGUCUAUUUCAGACAGAGCCAGCUCGGCUAAAAUACAGGUUCAGGUGGGAAGAGCGUUACAUAACUCAUUCAAACAUGACCACCUUGUAUCAUUCUCAUAGUACUCACAAAGCUUUAGCAUCCUUGCUUUUGCCGGUAUCAAUUCACAAUUCUCAGAAAUCGGAAAGAAAAUUCGACUCAUUGGCAUGGCCAUGUGAUGUGGAGAUGAUCAACGUACGGUACUUGAACAGUACCAGAUUCUCGAUGUCAUUUAGAAAGUUGGUAUACGAUGGUAGUGUAGUGCAUUUGGAGAAGUGUCAGCAAAAUGUUGUAGGUUUGGGACUAUUGGUGGUGCUAAUUGAACAAUUUGUGACGUGUUUUAUAGUGGUUUAUUCUUAUAUAGUGAUGCAUCAUUUGAUGUAAUGACUUGAUUUCAAAAUUUAAGGAUCUGUACACCGUGAUACUGAGGUGGAUGGCCAAACAUCGAAGCCGAGCUUAUUUUUCGAACUUGGCUACAACAAAACUGUUCAAUUCUGUUACAGCACAUGAAUUACAUCUAAAACUGGACAAUGCCUUCGAUGUUCAUACUAUUGUUUUCAUUAGGGUUUAG